AUGUGCUCGGCUUUGAAUUCUGACGGAACGGGACUCUUACGGACCGAGUACCGAUGUAGACACAGCGGAACGAAAAGAGCGGACGGAGUGCGGAUUUUUGCGCUAAUGAAGGUGGGAUCACAGGCGCAUUAUUGGAGCCGGGUUCUGUUCUUGUACAUGGGGCUACUGGCUGCUACGGUUAAGGCUCAGAACUGCAGCUACACACUCCACAGCCCCAACGGGACGUUCGAGAGCCCGGGCUACCCGUACGGAUACCCCAACUAUGCCAACUGCACGUGGGUGCUGGUGGCGCCGGAGCACAACCGCAUCCAGCUGGUGUUCCAGGGCUUCGCCCUCGAAGAGGACUUCGACAUCCUCUCCGUCUACGAUGGGCCGCCCAGUCCAGGAAACCUACGCACACGGUUGACGGGGUUCCAGCCCCCCUCCCCCAUCGUGAGCACGGGGUCACGGCUCACCCUCUGGCUCCUCUCCGACUACGCCGUCAGUGGACAGGGCUUCAGAGCCGUCUACGAGGGUGAAAAAUCACACAGCACACAAUUUUGUUUUUAUUUUUGUCAGCUGCUGAACGGGUUCCAGCAGGGCUCCACGUUCACCAUCGGGGACAAGAUCCGCUACAGCUGCGGCCAGGGCUACGUGCUGGAGGGACACACCGUCCUGUCCUGCCUGGCCACCUCCGCCGGCACCGCCGCCUGGGACUUCCCCUUACCCUACUGCAGAGCGGAUGACGGCUGUGGCGGCACGCUGCGAGGUCAGAGCGGGGUCAUCAGCAGCCCCAACUACCCGCAGGAGUACAGCAACAACGCCGACUGCACCUGGACCAUCCUGGCCGAGCCCGGCGACACCAUCGCCCUCGUCUUCUCCGACUUCCAGCUCGAGGACGACUACGAUGUCCUGGAGGUCAGCGGGACCGAGGGCUCAUCCCAGUGGUUUACAGGGCCGAACCUGCCCUCCCCCAUCAUCAGCAGCAAGAACUGGUUGAGAAUCCACUUCACAACGGAUGGCAACCACAAACUGAGGGGCUUCAGUGCUCAGUAUCAAGUGAAGAAGAUGACCGAGCUGAAGUCCAGAGGAGUCAAGAUGCUGCCCAGCAAGGACAACCACAGCAAGAUAUCAGUGUUAUCCCAGAUGGGGGUGGCACAGGGUCACAACAUGUGUCCAGACCCUGGGAUCCCUGACCGAGGAAAAAGGAAGGGCUCAGACUUCAGACGUGGAGCCACAGUGCACUUCUCCUGUGAUGAGGGCUAUGAGCUGCAGGGCACCAAGAGCAUCACCUGCCUGCGCGUCACAGACAGCUACGUGGGAUGGAGCGACGACCGGCCCAUCUGCAGAGCUCCCAUGUGUGGGGGUCAGUUGAGGGGCCGAGUGGCAUCAUCACGUCCCCCGAACUUUCCCGUCCAAUACGACAACAACGCCAACUGCACCUGGGUCAUCACCGCCUCCGACCUUGAGCAGGUGAUCAAGCUGACGUUCGAGGACUUUGACCUGGAGCGAGGCUACGACACGCUAACAGUGGGGGACGGCGCGACCGUCGGAGAUCAGAGGACCGUCUUUCACGUGUUGUCCGGUACAACCACCCCGGAUCUGGUGGUCAGCACAAGUCAUCAGAUGUGGCUCAACUUCAAAACGGAUGACACCAGCGGCUCCCUCGGAUUCAAAGUAUCCUACGAAGAAAUUGAACAAGGAAGCUGUGGAGACCCCGGAAUCCCAGCCUACGGCAAGCGUGAAGGGACAGGAUUCAGGCAUGGCGACCGGCUGUACUUCGAGUGCCUGCCUGCCUUCGACUUGGUGGGAAAGAAGAACAUCACCUGUCAGAAGAACAACCAGUGGUCCGCCAAGAAGCCCAGCUGCGUGUUCUCCUGCUUCUUCAACUUCACGAGUCCGUCCGGCGUGCUGCUGUCUCCUCACUAUCCUCAGGAGUACGGCAACAACAUGCACUGCGUCUGGCUCAUCAUCGCCAAGCCCGAGAGCCGCAUCAACUUGGCCUUCAACGACCUCAGCAUGGAGAAGCAGUUCGACUUCCUGUCCAUCAAGGACGGCGGCAAGGCUGAGUCGCCCAUCCUGGGAACGUUCUCGGGCGACGGCCUGCCGCCUCCCAUCACCACCAGCGGCCACGUGGCGCGCCUCGAGUUCCUCACUGACCACACCUACACUGACCGCGGCUUCAACAUCACCUUCACCACGUUCCGGCACAACGAGUGUCCAGACCCCGGCGUUCCGGUGAACGGCCGGCGUUUCGGCGACAGCCUGCAGCUGGGCAGCUCCAUCUCCUUCCUGUGCGAGGAGGGCUUCGUCAAGACCAUGGGCUCCCAGACCGUCUCCUGCAUCCUGAAGGACGGCAACGUGGUGUGGGACAACGCCGUGCCGCGAUGCGAAGCUCCGUGUGGAGGGGAUUUGAAAGCGCCCAGCGGCAUCAUCUUGUCCCCUGGCUGGCCAGAGCUUUACAAAGAGGCGCUCAACUGCGAGUGGAUCAUCGAGGCUCCUCCCGGAUACCCCAUCAAGAUCAUCUUUGACAAGUUCCGCACAGAGGUGAACUAUGACGUCCUUGAGGUGCGGGACGGGCGGUUCCCCUCCUCUCAUUUGAUUGGCAGUUACCAGGGAACCCAGGUGCCCCAGUUCCUGAUCAGCACCUCCAACUUCCUGUACCUGCUCUUCUCCACCGACAAGAGCCACUCUGACAUCGGCUUCCGCAUACGAUACGAGACUCUGCAGCUGCAGUCGGACCACUGUGUGGACCCCGGGAUCCCCGUUAACGGCCAGCGUCAUGGCAACGACUUCUACGUGGGGGCGCUGGUGACGUUCAGCUGUGAUGCGGGCUACACACUGAGUGACCCCGAACCCCUGGAGUGUGAGCCCAACUUCCAGUGGAGCCGCCCGCUGCCCAGCUGUGAUGCCUUGUGUGGAGGCUUCAUUCAAGGCAACACAGGCACCAUCUUGUCUCCUGGCUUUCCUGACUUCUACCCACACAACCUCAACUGCACCUGGUUGAUCGAAUCAGCCCACGGCAAAGGUGUGCAGUUCACCUUCCACACGUUCCAUCUGGAGAGUCCGCACGACUACCUGCUGGUGACGGAGAACGGCAGCUUCUCGGAGCCUCUGUGGCGGCUAACAGGCUCCACCCUCCCUCCGCCUCUCAGUGCGGGGCUCUUCGGCAACUACACCGCUCAGAUCCGCUUCCUCUCCGACUUUUCUGUCUCCUACGAGGGCUUCAACAUCACCUUUUCAGAGUAUGAUCUGGAGCCGUGUGAGGACCCUGGUGUGCCUCCGUUCAGCACGCGGAAAGGGCUGCAGUUUGGGGUGGGCGACGCGCUCAUGUUCUCCUGCUUCCCCCAGUACCGGCUGGAGGGGCGGCAGGUGGUGUGCCUGGGGGGGCGGAGGAGGGUGUGGAGCUCACCUCUGCCCCGCUGCGUAGCUGAGUGCGGCUCCUCAGUGACCGGUGCCCAGGGUGUGCUGGUGUCGCCCCAGUACCCCAACUACUACCGCAACAACCACGAGUGCAUCUACUCCAUACACACACAGCCAGGCAAGGGCAUCCAGCUACGCGCUCGCGAGUUCCACCUGGAGGACGACGACGUCUUAAAGGUGUACGACGGGCCCAAUAGCCAGGCGCGUCUGCUGGGUGUGUUCAGUGGCUCUGAGAUGUUGGACGCCGUGCUGAACAGCACCUCCAGCACCAUGUGGCUCGAGUUCAUCAGCAACCAGGAGAACACCAGCAAGGGCUUUGAGCUGCCCUUCACCAGCUUUGAGCUGGUGAAGUGUGAGGACCCGGGCGUGCCCCAGUUUGGCUACAAGAGUGAGGACAAGGGGCACUACGCGGGCAGCACGGUGGCCUACAGCUGUGAGCCGGGCUACUCCCUCAAGGGCACCGCCGCCCUCACCUGCCUCAGGGGCGAGAGGAGGGCCUGGGACAGCCCACUGCCCACCUGUGUGGCCGAGUGUGGCGGCUCCAUAAAGGACGAGGCGGCCGGUCGUAUCUUGUCUCCGGGUUACCCUGCGCCCUACGAGCACAACCUUCACUGCAUCUGGACCGUCGAGGCCCCCCCAGGCAGCACCAUUGGGUUGCACUUUCUGGUGUUCCACACGGAGGAGGUCCACGACGUUCUGCGUAUCUGGGACGGGCCUCAGGACGGUGGGGUUCUGCUGCGAGAACUGAGCGGUUCUGCGCUGCCCCCGGAUCUCCACAGCACCUUCAACACCAUCAGCCUGCAGUUCACCACCGACUUCUUCACCAGCAAGCAGGGCUUCGCACUGCAGUUCUCAGUCUCCACAGCCACAUCCUGUAACGACCCUGGCACUCCGACCAACGGCACGCGCAGUGGGGACAGCCGUGAGCCCGGCGACCGUGUGAUCUUCCAGUGUGACCCCGGCUACGUCCUACAGGGGGCGACCAAGAUCACCUGCACCGAGAUCAACAACCGCUUCUUCUGGCAGCCGGACCCACCCACCUGCUCAGCUCCCUGCGGAGGAAACCUGACCGGCCCGAGCGGACUCAUCCUCUCUCCAGAGUACCCCGAGCCGUACCCCCACGGACGUGAGUGUGAUUGGCUGGUCAGCGUUACCCCCGACUACAUCAUCUCUCUCAACUUCAACCAAUUCAGCCUGGAGCCCAGUUACGACUUCCUGCACGUGUACGACGGUCCCGACUCGCUCAGUCCACUCCUGGGCAGCUUCUACGGGGCGGACGCCCCAGAGCGCAUCGAGAGCAGCAACAACACGCUCUUCCUGGCCUUCCGCAGCGACGCCUCGCUUAGCAGCAACGGCUUCGUCCUGCAGUACACAGAGAACCCCCGAGAGUCGUGCUUUGAGCCGGGUCACGUGCGGAACGGGACUCGCGUGGGGUCAGACCUGCGGCUGGGCUCGACGGUCACCUACUACUGCGACAGCGGCUACAGCCUGGAGGGAGAGUCCACCAGCACCUGUGUGAUGGGGGGGGACAGCAAGCCCAUCUGGAACAAACCAAAACCUGUCUGCAUAGCUCCGUGUGGUGGUCAAUACUCUGGUCUGGAAGGUGUGGUUCUCUCGCCUGGUUUCCCUGGCAACUACAGCAGUAGGCGGACAUGCAUCUACUCCGUCAGUGUACCCAAGGACUACGUGGUGUUUAGUCAGUUUGCGUUCUUCCACACGGCGCUGAAUGAUCUGGUGGAGGUGUAUGAUGGACCGACCCAGAGCGCACGUGUGCUGAGCUCCCUGUCUGGGGCGCACUCUGGUGAGUCCCUCCCUCUGGCUACCUCCAAUGAGAUCCUCAUCCGUUUCACCUCCAAAGGCCAGACCACCUCCAGGGGCUUCCAUCUUGUUUACCAAGCGGUCCCGAGGACCAGUGCCACCCAGUGCAGCUCUGUGCCCGAGCCCAGGCACGGGCGGCGCACGGGCAACAACUUUGCGGUGGGCGCGGUGGUGCGCUUCGAGUGCAGCCCGGGCUACGCGCUGGAGGGCCCCGGCGCCAUCGAGUGUCUGACCGUGCCCAACGCCCUGGCACAGUGGAACAGCUCCAUACCCAGCUGCAUCGUGCCCUGCGGUGGCAACCUGACCCAGCGCACCGGUACUAUCCUGUCCCCUGGCUACCCCGAGCCCUACCUAAACAGCUUGAGCUGCGUCUGGAAGAUCACCGUUCCGGAAGGUUCCGGCAUCCAGAUCCAGGUGAUCAGCUUCGUCACUGAACAGAACUGGGACUCGAUGGAGGUGUUCGAUGGUGGCGACAACACAGACACCGUGUUGGGAAGCUUCUCAGGUACGACAGUGCCCGCCCUGCUGAACAGCACGUCCAAUGAGCUGCACCUGCACUUCUUCUCUGACAUCAGUGUGUCUGCGGCUGGCUUCCGUCUGGAGUACAAGACCGUGUCUCUAACGAGCUGCCCAGAGCCGGUGAUGCCGAUGAACGGGUUCAAGGUGGGCGAGAGGUUGCAGAUGAACAACGUGGUGUCGUUCCAGUGUGAGCCGGGCUAUACCUUACAGGGGAACUCUCACAUAACCUGCAUGCCAGGGACAGUCCGUCGCUGGAAUUAUCCUCCGCCACUUUGUAUAGCUCUGUGUGGUGGCAUCCGGGAGGACAUGGAGGGAACCAUCCUCAGCCCUGGUUUCCCUGGAAACUAUCCCAGCAACAGUGACUGCACCUGGAGGAUCUACCUACCUGUUGGCUUUGGUGCCCAUGUACAGUUCCUGAACUUCUCAACGGAGGCCAACCAUGACUUCCUGGAAAUCCGCAACGGACCUUUUGAAACGAGCACUGUGAUUGGCCGGUUCAGUGGAGAGGAACUGCCGCCGCCCCUCUUCACCACCUCCCACGAGACCACGGUGUAUUUCCAUAGCGACCACUCACAGAACCGACCCGGCUUCAGAAUGGACUACCAAUUCUAUGAGCUGCAGGAGUGCCGGGUGCCUGAGAUGUUCCAGUACGGGGUGAUCGUGGGCGCCGGCUAUAACGUGGGUCAGUCCAUCACCUUUGAGUGCUACACCGGCUACCAGCUAGUGGGCCAGCCCGUCCUCACCUGUCAGCACGGAACCACCCGCGACUGGGACCACCCCUUCCCCCGCUGUGAAGUGCCGUGUGGAGGGAACAUUACAUCAGAGAACGGCACCAUCUUCUCCCCCGGUUACCCUGACGACUACCCCAGCACCGCCGACUGCACCUGGCUCAUCACCGUUGCCGUGGGGAUGGGCGUGCGCCUCAACUUCACCGAGCUGAGAGUUCACGGUCCACAUGACUUCAUCACUCUCUGGGAUGGUCCUCAGGAGACCGCUCGUAAGCUGGGCGUGUUCACUGAUGGGGAGCCCAACGAGCCUCCCAGCAGCACCUCCAAUCAGGUGCUCAUUCGUUUCCGUAGCAACACGGAAAAAGGCGGGAAGUUCAUGAUCCAUUACCAAGCAUACAGGCUGCAGUACUGCCUGCCUCCCCCAAUCAUCCCCAACGCAGAGAUCCUCAUGGCCAGCAAGGAGUUCAAAAUAGGUGAUAUAGUGCGCUACAGGUGUCUCCCUGGAUACCAGCUGGCUGGCAACAGCAUCCUCACCUGUCGCCUUGGUAUCCACCUGGAGUUUGAGGGGCCACCUCCAUCCUGCGAUGUGACGUGCCCCAUGAACGAGGUGCUGACGGCCGCCACAGGGGUGAUCCUGAGCCAGUCGCCCGGGAACGGCUUCCCCCUGUUCGAGUCCUGCUCCUGGGUAGUCAAGGUGGAGCCCGGCUACAACAUCUCCUUCACCAUCGAGCACUUCCAGACCAGCAGGCAGUUCGACGAGCUCGAGAUCUUUGAUGGUCCGUCCAGGCAGAGUCCACUGCUGAUCACGUUGAGUGGAAACUACACGUCCCCUCUCAGCAUCACCAGCUCCUCUAACAAGGUGUACCUGCACUGGUCCUUCGACCACACCUCCAGACACAAAGGCUUCAGGAUACGCUACUCAGCGGCGUACUGCAGUCCCCCGAGCCCGGCGGUCAACGGCUCGGUGCACAGCCAGACGGGCACCAAACUGGGCAGCACGCUGCGCUUCAGCUGUGACCAGGGCUUCCGCCUCAUCGGCCAGAGCAGUGCCACCUGCACCCGCAGCCCACAGGGCAUCUACCAGUGGAACGCUCCGGUGCCCCUCUGCCAAGUGGUCUCCUGUGGCAUGCCCCUGGCACCGGUCAACGGGAGUGUGAUUGGUCAAGACUUCACUCUGGGAUCUAGGGUGGAGUUUCAGUGCAACCUUGGCUUCCGAUUGGUCGGUCCUGUCGCCGCCGCCAUCAGCUGUCAAGAAUCUGGCAGAUGGAGCACACUGGAGGCCCAGCCGCGCUGCGUCUCGGUGACCUGUCCAGACAUCGGUCACUCUGCGGUGCCCCACGGCAGAUGGAGGCUCAUUUACGGAGUGUCCAGCCUCUACGAGACCCUGAUGAUGCUCACCUGUGACCCUGGAUACUACUACAGGGGUCAAAGGGUCAUCAGUUGCCAAGCCAACGGGACCUGGGACUACCCCGAACCUCGGCCUGCAUGUGAAAUCAUCUCGUGUGGGGAGCUGGGAACGCCUCCAAAUGGGAAUAAGAUCGGAACUCUGACGGUGUACGGAGCGACGGCCAUCUUCUCCUGCAACACCGGCUACACACUCGUGGGCUCCCGCGUCCGGGAGUGCAUGUCCAACGGCCUCUGGAGCGGCUCUGAGGUCCAGUGCCUGGCUGGUCACUGUGGUAUCCCAGAGUUCAUUGUGAACGGUCAGAUCAUCGGGGAGAACUACAACUACCGGGGCAGCGUGGUGUACCAGUGCAACCCUGGCUUCCGCCUCAUCGGCGUGUCCGUGCGCAUCUGUGACCAGGACCACCGCUGGUCCGGCAAGACUCCGCUCUGUGUCCCCAUCACCUGUGGUCACCCUGGUAACCCGGGUUACGGGAUGACCCAAGGCACCCAGUUCAACCUGAACGACAUCGUGCGCUUUGCCUGCAAUACCGGCUACGUCCUGCAGGGUGCCGUGAAGUCCCACUGCCAGCCCAACGGCCAAUGGAGCAACGCCCUGCCCAAGUGUAAAAUCGUGAACUGCACUGACCCGGGUCUGGUGGAGAACAGCGUGCGUCAGGUCCUGGCGAGCGGUCCUCACCGCUACAGUUUCCAGACCACGGUGUCCUACAGCUGCAACCCUGGACACUACCUGCUGGGGACCAGCACACUCAGCUGCCAGGGGGACGGCACCUGGGACCGCGCGCUGCCCAAGUGUCUCUUGGUGAUGUGUGAUAGGCCGAGUAUGCCCCCGUAUGCCCAGAUCUCGGGCGAUCGCCGGACGGUGCUGUCGGUCAUCCGCUACAGCUGCAUGGGCAGCCGCUCCAUCAUAGGGAACACCACCCGCGUGUGCCAACCGGACGGGCGAUGGAGUGGCUCCCUUCCUCACUGCUCAGGAGAGACCCUGAGCCUGUGUGGAGACCCAGGCGUGCCGGUGCACGGGAUCCGUCUGGGGGAGGAGUUCUCGGUGGGCAGUGCGGUGCGCUUCAGCUGUGAGCCGGGAUACGUGCUGGCCGGAUCCUCCGAGCGCACCUGCCUCUCCAACAGCACCUGGACCGGGACACAGCCCGAGUGCCACGUGGUGUCCUGUGGGAACCCCGGUACUCCGCGGAACGCUCAGAUCCAGUUCCACGAGGGCCUGGUGUUCUCGCGCUCCAUCACCUACGCGUGCCGAGAGGGCUACUACUCCACAGGCCUCCUGACCCGCCACUGCACCGUCAACGGAACCUGGACGGGGAACAUGCCCGAGUGCUCUGUGAUUAACUGUGGUGAUCCGGGUGUUCCUGCUAACGGGCUCCGUGUGGGCGGAGACUUCACGUUUGGCCGCUCCGUGUCCUUCCAGUGUGCCCCGGGCUUCACCAUGGACGCCGACCGCGCCUCCACCCUCAUCUGCACUAAGGACCGCACCUGGAACGGAACCAAGCCCCUCUGCAAAGCCAUCGUGUGUGGCGCUCCACCCAGCAUCCCUAACGGUCAGGUGGUGGGCUCGGACUUCCAGUGGGGGGCCAGCGUGAGCUACUCGUGUAACCAGGGCUACCAGCUCUCCCUGCCCACCGUGCUCACCUGCCAGGGCGGAGGCAACUGGAGCGGAGAGAAGCCGCAGUGUUUCCCUGUGUUCUGCGGAGACCCCGGGUUCCCUGCGCAGGGCCGGCGUGAGGACCGUGGCUUCACCUACCUGUCCCCCGUCUACUUCUCCUGCUACACCCCGCUGGUGCUCGUGGGCUCCAAGGUGCGCUACUGUCAGUACGACGGAACAUGGAGCGGGACGCAGCCCUCCUGCAUCGACCCCAGCCACACUAGCUGUGUGGACCCAGGAACCCCACUGUUUGGAAAUCAGAACAGCACACAAGGCUUUCAGAUCAGUAGCACGGUGUUCUUUAGCUGUAGGAAGGGCUACCUGCUGCUGGGCUCCAUCUCGCGCACCUGUCUGCCCAACCUGACCUGGAGUGGCCUGCAGCCCGAGUGCAUUGCUCACCACUGUAGCCAGCCUGAGUUGCCUGCCCAGUCGGAUGUGAGCGCGAUAGAGCUGCCGUCUCUGGGCUACACCCUCAUCUACACCUGCCAGCCGGGGUUCUACCUGUCCGCCGGCUCCGAACACCGCACCUGUAGACCUGACGGAAGCUGGACUGGCAAGCCACCCAUCUGCACAGCUGAUAACAGGCCCAGCGGGAAGACAGUGGGCACGGUGCAGGAGCCGCCCAGCAACAAGCUCCCAGUGCCAGGCGGAGUGUUUGCCAAGAACUCCUUGUGGAGGGGUUCGUACGAGUACUUGGGGAAGAAGCAGCCGGCCAUGUUGAGCGUCACGGCGUUCGAGCCCUUCAGCAACCGAGUCAACGCCACUCUCAUCGACCACAGCGGGGUCGAACUCAAACUCUCUGGCACCUACAAGAAAGAAGAAGCUCAGCUGCUGCUGCAGGUGCAUCAGGUGAGAGGUCCAGUGGAGAUCUUCAUGAACAAGUUCAAGAUCGACAACUGGGCCUUAGACGGACGGGUGUCAUACAUGCCCUCCACCAACUCGUUUGUCUACCAGGGCUUUGUCCACGGAAAAAGUUUUGGACAGUUUGGGCUUCAGAGGUUGGGUAACAAGCUAAUCAGUAGCACACCAGAGAACCCCAGCUAUAACUUUGCCUCCAACAGCAGCUCCGUAGCAGCUGCCAUUUUAGUGCCUUUCAUCGCCAUGAUCAUUGCAGGAUUCGCACUGUACCUCUAUAAACACAGGAGAAGACCCAAAGUUCCGUUCAACGGCUACGCGGGCCACGAGAACACCAACGGCAGGGCCACGUUCGAGAACCCCAUGUACGACCGCAACAUCCAGCCCACCGACAUCAUGGCCAACGAGUCCGAGUUCACCGUCAGCACCGUUUGCACUGCAGUAUAG